ACCCGGUAGAUCUUGGUUAUUUCGUUAUCACAACCAUUUGCAGUGAGACCUUUUAGUCUCAGUAAAGAAGAAGAGAAGAAUCCACUGUAGUCAAUUAAAAAAAAAAAUCAGUUUUAUUUCUCUUUAAAAAAAAAAAAAAUCCAUUGUAGCUAUUAAGCUUCAAUAGCUUUGUUCCUAAACAAAAGACCAGAAGAAGUCUUAUGGUUUCAGAAAAGAUGAUAUAUGACGAAUCGCUUAGCAUGAAAGCGAAGGAAUUAGACACCAAGUUGGUUUGUCAAACACCUUCACCAGAAGAUAUGGAAAACAAUGUGUCUGCCAGAGCAACAAGUGAUAGUAAAGACCGAUUGGAGACAUCACAUCAAAAUGGUAACUCCUCCAGUGAGAAAGGAACUACACAUAGGUACCAGGCUGCAUUAAAGUUACAGAAAGUGUACAAGAGUUUCCGGAUAAGAAGACAGCUUGCAGAUUGUGCAAUUCUUGCGGAGCAGAGAUGGUGGAAGGUGUUAGAUUUUGCUGAACUCAAAAGGAGCUCUAUAUCAUUUUUCGACAUUGAGAAGCCUGAAACAGCUGUUUCUCGCUGGGCAAGAGCAAGAACCAGAGCUGCCAAGGUUGGAAAGGGUUUGUCUAAGGAUAAAAAGGCUCGUAAACUUGCUUUGCAGCAUUGGCUUGAGGCAAUUGAUCCCCGACAUCGGUAUGGACAUAAUCUUCACUUCUACUAUGCCAAAUGGCUCCACUGUGAGAGUAAACAGCCCUUCUUUUAUUGGCUUGAUAUAGGGGAGGGAAGAGAAAUCACCCAUGAAGCAUGUCCUCGGUCAAAGCUUCAAGCACAAUGCAUCAAGUAUCUUGGCCCGGUAGAAAGGAAGGAUUACGAAGUUGUAGUGGAGGGCGGGAAGUUUGUUUACAAGGAGAGUGGAGUGCUUCUUGAUACAACAAAAGGCCCCAAAGAAACAAAGUGGAUAUUUGUCCUAAGUGUGUCCAAGAACUUAUAUGUUGGACAGAAGAGCAAGGGUACUUUUCAGCAUUCAAGUUUCUUGGCAGGAGGAGCCACAUUGUCUGCUGGAAGAUUGGUAGUUGAAAAUGGAAUUCUAAAGUCAGUUUGGCCUCACAGUGGGCAUUAUCUCCCAACAGAAGAAAACUUUCAGGAACUCAUGUCAUUCCUUAUGGAAAACAAUGUGGAUCUCACUAAUGUAAAGAAAACUGCAGUUGACGAUGAAGAAGGAGGCGUUUUAAGCAAAAAGAGCAGUAACAUAGGAGUCCGAAACAGCCCACGAAAAGCAGAUUCAUCUAAAGAUACUAUAACAACAAAUGCUGAAGGCACAGUGGAAGAGAGUACUUCGAGAAAUGAACAGUCUGAUUGUGCAGAAAAUCCUCCUCUUUUGUCAAGAUUACCAGAACGAUUCUGCUCAAAGAUAGCUAAACUUGAAAUACCAGAAAAAGAAGACGUGUUUGACGUUUUCAAGGAACAACCUCCAAUAACUUGUCGCGAGUAUUUUCUAGACUCUGAUUCUGAUUCUGAGGAUGGUUAUGAAACAGCUGAAGAAUCAGUCUUGACAGAGGAAGAUUUUAUGGUCUCGAAACUGAACUUGUUUGAUGAAGAUGCACAUGAAGAAGAUGAAAAGCCAAUAUCAAAAGAAAGAAUUAUGCAAAGGAUUGAUUCACAUAAAGGAAUGAAUUCAUACCAGUUGGGUCAGCAUUUGACCUCAAGAUGGAGCACAGGAGCUGGCCCUCGGAUCGGUUGCAUGAGGGACUAUCCUCCAGAGCUUCAAUUCCGGGUUCUACAGCAAGCCUACUUGUCUCCAAGGCCAGUAGAAAGAAGUCCGCCGAUACCUUUACAUAAAGAAACAAUGCACCCCCUAUCUCAAAGACCACCAAAAGACAGUACACCAUAGGCUGACUACAUUUAGAUGAUUUCACGAUGACAUAGAGAUCAAGCAGCUAUAAUUGUAAUAGAAGAUCGAAUUCAUUUCCAAGUGAUCCCACCAUCACUCUUGGAGCCCUUUUUCACUACCUAACCUAUUUCGUUAGGGAAGGAAGUUGACAUGCAAAUGGGCCCAAGGAUAAUCAAUCAGAGCCCCACAGCUGCAUGGCAUCUGCAGCAGUCCAACAUCAUCGAGAAUGCAAUCUCCCUAUUCGUC